AUGUAUGGUGGGAAAACGGACGCCAAAGAGGAAGAUGACUUGCAUAGGUUAUCCGGUGUCCUGGGCCGACCGAAGCAUGUAAUGCCUCCACAACCGCGAUCGAGCUAUCCAAAAAGAUUUGAGCACAAAUCUGGAGACAAGUCAGAAAGACUUUCUGUUCAUGGGGAUCAAAAAGAAGAAAAACGAAUUCCAUCAUCCAAGAAGCCUGCGACUAGCGAUAAGCAUUUCGUGUCUCCCACAAAACUUAAGAUAUCUUCGGCACCGACAGAACAGCAGUACCAAUAUAAUGAAGCAUCGGACAAAUCCACAAAGUGGUUGGAAGAUAGGGACACGAGAUUUGAUGACAUAUCGGGGAAACAUCAUCCGCAGCAUGUUUAUGCACAGGGUCUUACAACAUUCGCUGGACAUGAAACCAUAAAAUUUGGUGAGGGACAAAAUGUAGGUCAAAAAUAUCUCGACCUUAGGCAUCGAGAACACACUUCUAAUCUUUCCGAAAAAAAACUGGAAGAAGAAAGUUUUGAAUUGUUAGCACCCCAGCCGUUCCGCAGUCGACGUUCAACUCCAAGUCCAACUGUACACGAAGAUAGAAAAGCGCAGAGUAUCACCCACGAAUCGAGAAUAGAGUCACGUUCCAUUUCUGUGCCCCCUGUUCCCAUCUCUCGGGGAUCCCCAAUGAAUACAGCAGAAUCCAAGCUGAUCCGUAGACGAUCACACUUAGAUAAGCAGUUGGAUGAGCAGAUUGAUAAGGUAUAUUCUGAGGAGCUGGUGCGGCGAGCCAGCUUAUGUUCGGAACACGGUCCAAGUAUUGAUCGGGACAGUUCAUCUGGAUUGAGUGCAUUGGCUAACUACGAGGAACAACAACGUGCAAGGCAGAUUGAAGAUAUGCUGAACAUAGAAAGAUCGGGGAAAAGAUCUGCCACCACCCAGCCCAUAGGGUUCAAAAUUCCGGACGAAAAACGGGGACCCUUCAGAACCAGGAAACUAUCUAGACCAACAGAACCGUAUAACUCCGACAUUUCUCAACCCAUACAAUUUAAAGAACGUCAAAGAGAACGGGAAGAGAAAGAUCCCAAAGAACUUUGUCAAGUCGGGAGUAAACAACCCAUAGAAAAGAGUGACUCAAAACUAGCACCCGGUACAAAUUUUGAUCGUGGAGAUACCAGAAGAAUACCAAUAAACCGGUCCAGUUUCGCACCACACUCGGAAAUGGAUGAUCAAAUUACUGAUAAAGUUACCAGCGAGAUAAAGGAUACGACUGCUCCCACUAGACCGAGUAAAUCAAAACACAUUUUGACUGACCAGUCCGAGUCAGCUCUGCAGUUACCAAAAAACCAGAACAACAAAACAGAGACCAGAAAGAAAAGGAAUAUGCCAAAAACCGAUGAUUUAGAAACUCACAAAUCUUCUCCAGCGACUAGCACUAAAUCGAAGGAAAAAAACAGCAGAGAAGAAUCAACCAAAAAAGAAAUAGAGAGUUCCCCUCGAGAUCCCGAAAAUAAAACUUUUUUGGAUGAUAGAUUGAUACAGAAGAAACGCAGCGAAAGGCCCGGAGAAGCUGGGGAUGUGGUUAAAGGAGACAGACUGAAGCUAGAAGAACAUCUCGAACGAGCUGGACUGCAUGGACCUAACCCUCCGCUAUGUGGGCAGGAGAAAGUGGCCCAACAUGACAAUCAGAUGAAACGAAGUUCCUUAGAUGCAACCAAAUCCAAACGACUCCGCAAAGGUAGCGAAAGCCGAGAGCAAGAUAAAAAUAAAGAAAUGAUGGACUUGGGGCGGGAUAAAGGACCUCCUCCGAUAACGGUGAGUGAGAAAACAAAAUCAUCUGGUCCGGAUAAUUUAUCGGGGAAACCGUCGAAAAUGCGCCCAACCAAGCCAACAGAUAAGACGGGCAUAACGGAACGAUCUGCCCCAAUUCAGUCUAGUUCUAAACCUAAAUCAGAUCAGAUUAAAUCGGCGGAACUGACGACCAUGAAACGUCGAGCAUCUAUCGGAAGUAGACCAGACAAAACAGGUGAAUCUGAGGGAAAAUCAGAACACGCGAAAAAAACCCUUGCCCGUGAUCCGUCAUCUAAAGAGUCAUCAAGCAUCAAAAGUUCACGUAAAGAUGACCAAGUGAAAAGAAUGAGCGGUCCUCCAGAAUCAGGUGACCAAAUGUUUAUUUGUUGUGUUCGUUUCUCGCACUGGCCUUCGUCUUGUUUCGUUUAA